AUGUCCGUCGACACUUACAUUCCCAUUCCACGGACACCUACUCCUGAACCUCGUGAACGACGUGAUUCUCACGAAAUUAUUGGACGGCGUCGAUCGGAACCUAUCAGGGAAGCUCUCAACCCGCCUCCUCCCAGGCCCCGAAACGCUCCUCAGCGUGUCGAGCCGAACAGGGUUUUGGGAGUGUUCGGUCUAUCUGUUCGUACUCGCGAAAGUGACCUUGAAGAUGAAUUCAUGCGUUAUGGUGAUGUUGAGAAGGUUGUCAUUGUAUAUGAUCAGCGACAGUCGGACCGUUCGAGAGGCUUCGGUUUCAUCACCAUGCGAACCGUCGAAGAUGCCGAAAGGUGCAUCGAAAAGCUCAACGGGUUAAUGCUUCAUGGUCGUGCCAUUCGAGUGGAUUUUUCUGCCACUCAAAGACCCCACGCGCCUACCCCAGGAGAAUACAUGGGUGUCAAGAGGCCUCCUAGUGAGUUUAUCAGUGAUAUUGGCCAUGACCUUUGA